UGAAAACAGGAAGAAAGCAAAGAGUGACGAGAAACAAAUCAAGGAAAUACAGCGAUGAUGUUAUGAAUAACAAACAAGAUGGUAUCUGGAUUCAGGGCAACUACGUGAGAAUCACAAUGAGUCGAAAACUAUAAGAGGCCGAAGUGGAUUCUUGUUUCUGAUUAUCUGACAUUUCACUGUAUGCCUAUGAUGGAACGAGCGAUGGAGCAGCUAAACGUACAGCUUAGCCGGUUGACGCGGUCCCUAAGAAGAGCCCGGACAGUGGAGCUGCCAGAAGAUAAUGAGACAGCAGUUUACACGUUAAUGCCUAUGGUGAUGGCAGACCAGCAUAGGUCUGUUUCAGAAUUGCUGCUAAAUUCAAAGUUUGAUGUGAAUUAUGCAUUUGGGCGUGUGAAAAGGAGCUUGCUACAUAUUGCUGCAAACUGUGGCUCAGUUGAAUGCCUUGUCUUACUCUUAAAAAAAGGUGCUAACCCAAACUACCAGGAUAUUUCAGGUUGUACGCCUCUACAUUUGGCAGCUCGAAAUGGGCAAAAAAAGUGCAUGGGCAAAUUGCUGGAGUACAAUGCUGAUGUAAAUAUUUGCAACAAUGAAGGUUUAACAGCUAUUCACUGGCUGGCUGUUAAUGGACGAACAGAACUCCUUCAUGAUCUUGUCCAACAUGUCUCCAAUGUUGAUGUAGAAGAUGCAAUGGGACAGACAGCACUUCAUGUUGCAUGUCAAAAUGGCCAUAAAACUACAGUGCUUUGUCUAUUGGACAGUGGAGCAGACAUCAAUAGACCAAAUGUAUCAGGAGCUACUCCACUUUACUUUGCUUGCAGUCAUGGUCAGAGAGACACUGCUCAGAUUCUUCUAUCAAGAGGAGCCAAAUAUCUGCCGGAUAAAAAUGGAAUUACACCACUUGACCUUUGUGUGCAGGGUGGGUAUGGUGAAACAUGUGAAAUUUUAAUACAACAUCAUAGCAGAUUAUUUCAAACAUUAAUCCAGAUGACACAAAAUGAAGAUGUAAAGGAGAGCAUGCUACGCCAAGUUCUUGAACACAUUUCACAGCAAAGUGAAGGCAGUUAUCAAAGAAUCCUGACAAGCCUUGCUGAAGUGGCAACAACAAAUGGCCAUAAGUUACUCAGUUUAUCAAGUAAUUAUGAAGCUCAGAUGAGGAGUCUCUUAAGGAUUGUCCGAAUAUUCUGCCAUGUAUUCCGCCUAGGCCCUUCUUCACCAAAUAAUGGAAAUGAUAUGGGUUAUAAUGGAAACAAAACUCCAAGAAGUCAAGUUUUCAAGGUCAGAAAAGUAUAUGACGUUAGGAAGAUUGCCAUUAAUGACGAUAAAGAGAUGAGUUUCAGAAAGCAUACAAACUUAAAUCAGGCAACUCCUGAGCAGGAACCCCUAGAAUUGCUCUGGCACUCAUUGGAUGAAUGGCUAGUUUUAAUAGCUACCGAACUAGAAAAAAACAAACAAGAUCCAGCUUCAGGUGCCAGCAAUAUCACCUCCAUCCUGCUGAAGCAGAGAGAAGCUACUUCCUCACCCAGAGUGGAGGAGGAGGAGGGGGAACAUUCAUCAGAUGCAAAAACUUCCAGCCCAAAAGCAGAAGUAAACAUUGAGCAUCAGAAAGCCUGUGUCGAUGGAGAAGAUGUGAUUUCAAUGACAGCAAACCGGCUUAGUGCUGUCAUACAAGCAUUUUAUAUGUGUUGCUCUUGCCAGAUGCCUCCGGGGAUGACAUCUCCACGCUUCAUAGAAUUUGUUUGCAAACAUGAUGAAGUGCUGAAAUGUUUUGUUACAAGAAAUCCCAAAAUAAUUUUCAACCAUUUUCAUUUUCUGCUUGAAUGUCCAGAGUUGAUGUCUAGGUUUAUGCACAUCAUUAAAGCACAGCCCUUCAAAGACCGAUGUGAGUGGUUCUACGAGCACCUUCUAGCAGGCCAGCCAGACUCUGACAUGGUACACAGGCCUGUCAAUGAAAAUGACAUCCUUCUUGUUCACCGAGAAUCCCUUUUUCGUAGCAGCUGUGAAGUUGUGUCUAAAUCAAGUAAUGAGAAGCUGAAGCAAGGAAUUGCAGUGCGUUUCCAUGGAGAAGAAGGAAUGGGGCAAGGUGUUGUACGGGAAUGGUUUGACAUUCUUUCAAAUGAAAUUAUAAAUCCAGACUAUGCAUUGUUUACACAGUCAGCUGAUGGAACUACAUUCCAGCCAAACAGCAAUUCUUCUGUAAAUCCAGACCAUCUGAACUACUUCCGAUUUGCUGGUCAAAUUUUAGGACUGGCUCUUUACCAUCGCCAGCUUGUUAAUAUUUAUUUCACACGUUCCUUCUACAAGCACAUUCUAGGAAUUCCAGUAAACUAUCAAGAUGUGGCUUCCAUUGACCCUGAAUAUGCUAAAAAUCUCCAGUGGAUCUUGGACAAUGAUAUCAGUGAUUUGGGCUUGGAACUCACAUUUUCAGUAGAGACUGAUGUUUUUGGUGCAAUGGAGGAGGUUCCUUUGAAGCCAGGGGGUGCAUGCAUACUGGUUACACAGGACAAUAAGGCUGAGUAUGUCCAGCUGGUGACUGAAUUGCGAAUGACCAGAGCAAUACAACCACAAAUUAAUGCUUUCCUGCAUGGCUUCCACACAUUUAUCCCACCCUCUUUGAUACAGCUGUUUGAUGAAUAUGAACUGGAAUUGCUCCUUUCUGGAAUGCCAGAGAUUGAUGUAUGUGAUUGGAAAAAAAAUACAGAAUAUACCAGUGGCUAUGAUGAAGAUGAACAGGUUAUCCAGUGGUUUUGGGAGGUGGUGGAAUGCCUUACACAAGAAGAGCGAGUCCUUCUGUUGCAGUUUGUCACUGGCAGCUCUAGAGUACCUCACGGAGGCUUUGCAUAUCUAAUGGGUGGAAGUGGACUGCAAAAGUUUACAGUAGCUGCUGUGCCAUACACAUCCAAUUUGCUUCCAACAUCUAGUACAUGUAUAAACAUGUUGAAACUCCCAGAAUAUCCAACCAGAGAGGUCCUAAAAGACAGACUUCUGGUGGCUCUACAUUGCGGAAGUUAUGGUUACACGAUGGCAUAAUCCUGAAAUAAGGAAGACCUGUCUCCUUAUGCAGAGCAAGACACCACAAGCAGUUAAUUUUAAAGACUUUGGUAUGUUGAGAUGAGAUAUGAUUUAAACUUCAGUCCCAACCAAUACAGAAAUCAUUUUUAUUAGUUCUUCUUCAUGUAAGUAGGCCUCCGCUAAAGCACAAAAUAACCUUGACAUAAUCUGCUGUAAAUUCUGGUGUUGUAAUUAUAAUGCAGCACUCUAAAUGCUGUGUUACAGCCCUUUAUGUUAUUGCCAGUAUAAACACUUGUUAAUUCAGAGAGGAUUGCGAUUUUAUUGCAAUGGUUUGGAAGGCAGAAUAACUUAAAAAUUUAUAUUCCAUGAAAGACUAUGCAUACAAACAAGAGUGCUUAGGAAUUUCCCAGAAUAAGAAUCAAAGUCAUUGUACUGCAGUAUUGCUCAAGCAUUGCCAUUACGAUUAUAUUAAAUUCCAUAUUUUAGUUUGUGAAUGGUCAUUGCUGUAAAACUUGCAGACGCUUUUUGCUCUGCAUUGCACUGUCUCUGUUGUGUUACAGAGUAGUGCUUCUCCUUAAAUGGCAGAAUCAUGUUAUAUUUUAUUUUUAUGCAUAUGGACAUUUCCAGAAGGUAAAGCAAUACUAGUGAUGUUUUUGGUCUUCUGUGUCAAAAUGUAACAAACCAUAUUGUAUAAUUUUUUUUAUUUUUUAAGAAAUUUUAUUCUCCUUUCCUUUUUUUUCGUCAUUUGUAUACAACUUACAUUUAUUUUAUUUCUUAUUUUGGUUUGGGAGAUUAUCAUUGAACUUGUGAAAAAAUGCAUGAUGACCAAUAGUUUGGGAGUCAAGAUGUCUGUCUGAACAAUGUAUGUAAAAUGAACAAAUCUGUGCUUUAUAUGUAUAUGAAAAUACUGAAUAUAUUUGAGAUGUUUAGAAGUAUAAUUGCUGGACAUUUUUACAACACUGUUUUGAUUUCUGUAAAUCUUUCUAUAGCAUAUUCUGUAUAUUAGAUAUGUAUACAUUAAAUUAUGUAUUUUAUCAUAAA